GUACCUUUCAAUAAAUUCCAGCUGCCAUUCACUCCUUUGAAUCUCUUCGCCUCCGUGUCGUCUGCACCGGAAGCCGCCGAGGUAUGAAAAUUUCACCGCUCGGAUUCUGCUUGUUUGUGUUUGGGAUGAACGGUUGGGCUGCGUUGGCUGCGUUUGUUAGGGUUGGUGGUGGUUCGUAGUUCGUGCUGUUGCAGAGUGCUUGUCAAACGAUAUUAUUCUGUAUUACAACACGUGCCUAACUGGUCUUCAGUGUAAAAUGGAAGAAAAGGGCACAGAUUCUCAGGACGACUUCGUUCCAAAAAGGAGGAAGAGUAGGAAAGGGAAUUUGUCAUUCCGGAAAAAAUAUUCCUGGAGGAGUUCAUCUUCUGCUUCUGAACCCAUGGAUUCAGACAUGGAGAAGCCACACUGUGAGAAAUCGUUCCAUGAGGAACAUAUUUGUUCUGAUGAUGAUGAAUUUUCUGGACUUUCCACCACUCCUGGGGUAUCUACCACUACUGAAGCUUCGGAAUCUGAAGAGGUCCCUGUGGUGAAAAAAAGGCGCAGGCGCAAGAGGAAGCGCUUUCUUUCUCACAGAAAGAUCCAAAGCACCAAAAAUGUUGGCAGUGUAACAAUAGUUGGCAAAAGUGGUGACACCAGUGAAACAUCUGAUAGUACGGAUCUCUCUGAUUUAGAAGUUUGUGAACUGGAUGAGAUACUAUGCUCAACCAAUGUAGAAAUACAAACCUUUAGCAACAGUGCAGAGCAUCCUAGCACUGUUUGCUCUAGCACUGUUGAUCGAGCUCAAAAUAAGGAUGAUGAUCAAACACUAAGCAACACUGCAGAUGUAAAAACAACCAAUGUAGAAAGAGACCACAACAAGGAUGUGCAACAAAUUGCAACCUGUAGCAACACUGCAGAGCAUCCUAGCACUGUUUGCUCUAGCACUGUUGAUCAAGCUCAAAAUAAGGAUGAUGAUCAAACACUAAGCAACACUGCAGAUGUAAAAACAACCAAUGUAGAAAGAGACCACAACAAGGAUGUGCAACAAAUUGAAACCUGUAGCAACACUGCAGAGCAUCCUAGCACCGUUGACCAACACAUUCCAGCAUUUUCAUCUUCAUUCACCUUUGAAAGUGUGAAGUCAGCGUCAGGCAAACUACUGCCUGAUCCUAAAGUACCUCAAGCUAUCAUUCUUGCUUUGCAAGAAAAUUUAAAGCUGCUGCUGCCAAAUGUUUGGACUGUUGACGUACAAGAUGGGACUUUAUUGAGAAUUAUGAGACUCGCCACCAAGAAAAAUGCCAGUGUUGACUGCACUGUUUACUAUGAUGGAAUGGACAAGAGUGUUGGCAUCUUUGUUCAUAAUGUGCCAGUGUCUCCUGAAAACCGUGUUUUCAAAUGCAACACUGUUCCCGAUUCAGACAAUGUUGGCAGCUUAGCUGAUUUCCUCAGCGAACUCAUCAUGAGAGUAGACCUUAUGAAAGUUUGUUGUGGAAUUAGUGAGCAUGAAGAUCUGUGGGAUACAUCAAGAGGGUUUAUUGAUUACUCAUCACCAUCACCACGUUACAGAAGUGGAUCCUGUCAUCUCCUGGUUAAACGAAGUGCUGAUAAAUGCCAAGACUGUCAAGCAGAACUAAAAAGUCUUGAGAGAGAAGUAAAGAGAAAUCUAAAGAAAACGUCCAAUACAGACAGUUCUCAAACUACAAAAUCCAAUAUCGACAGCACUCCUGACAAGUAUCUAUCAAAUGAGAGUCUGAUAGAGAAGAAAAACUUCUACAGGAACAAAUACCGGUUAGAAAAACAAAAAACAAAAAGAUUGGAGAAGAAACUGGAUAAAGUAAAAAUACAAUUAGAUGCUGCCUUGAGUGAUGAAUUGUCCUCCAUUUUGAAUGUGCAUCAAAAUAAAAUGACCCCUCUUCAGAAGUUAUUUUGGGAACAGCAAAGAAGAGCUCUAUCUUUAAACGAUGCAAGGGGCAUGCGUUGGCAUCCCAUGCUUAUUCGAAUAGCUUUGCACUUGCACUCACUCUCAGAUGGUGCUUAUAAAUUUCUGGGUGAUUCAAAGUUACUAAUGCUACCCUCAAAGCGGCGACUCUAUGACUACAGUCAUUUCAUAGAACCACAAGAAGGCUGCCAAGAAGAAUUUCUACAGUCUAUAAAAGAUAAAAUAGAAAAAUGUGGUCCUGAAGAACAUUUUUUAUAUGUGAAUCUCAUGUUUGACGAAAUGCACAUAAGGUCUGGCCUUGUAGUGAGGCGCUCAACUGGGGAGUUAAUUGGGUAUACAAAGCUAGAUGAUUGUGAAGAAGAAUUGAAGAAAAUGCAAGAUGACAUUGAGUCCAAGAAGUACAAGCCACAGCUUGCCAAAAAAGUAUUAGUUUAUCUUGCAAAUGGUAUCACCAGCACUGUCAAAGAUGUUGUGGCUAUUUAUUCUACUGAUAUUUUGUCGGCUUCCCAUUUAUAUGAACGUACUUGGGAAGUCAUCUACAAUCUAGAAGAUGCUGGAAUUAGAGUGCUCUCAUUGACUUGUGAUGGAGCUUCAGUGAACAGAAAAUUCCUUCUCAUGCAUGAGUCGCUGGACAAGAAGUCAAAAUACACCUUUUGCACGAAGAAUUUAGCUGCUGGUUCAAGACCUCUUUUCUUCAUCUUGGAUCCGCCCCAUCUUCUCAAAACAAUUAGGAAUGCUCUGGGAAAUUCUUUCUCUCAUAAGAAAAGCAGAAAACUUUGGAAGAAUAAUGAAUAUCUUUCAUGGAAAGUUAUUGAAAUGUUAUACAAAUUGACUGAAGGAGACAAAUUUAGGACUCACAAAUUGACCAAGGCUCAUAUAAAGUUGACUAGCUUCAGCUGCAUGACCGUUCUCUAUGCCACACAAGUGCUCAGCAAUUCAGUCGCUCAAAGUAUUGAGGACCUAGCCAACCACAAGGAAAUGGAAAACUUUCAAACUUCUGAGCUAGUUAAAUUUAUUAGAUUAAUGAACAGAUUUUUUGAUUGUGUGAAUACCAAAGAAGAUCAGGAAAAUGAGAGUGAAGAAAAGGAACCUGAAGUUGAAGGUCAAGAGAAGGAGAGUGAAGAGACUGUUGAAAUGCUCCAAGACAAAGCUCCCUACACCAGGUUAAAUGACUCAAGAUUCCAAUUUCUUCAAGAUGAGUUUUUGGGCUACUUUAAUGACUGGAAAGAUGACAUUGAUAAUAGACCAGGAAAUUUCUCUGAUGCUGAUAAGAGUCGAAUGACAAUAAGUCAUCAAGGUCUUGGAGCUGUUGAAAUAACUGUCCAUGGCAUUGUUGGAGCAAUUCGUUACAUGAUUUCUGCUGGAGCACCGUCAGUCAGUGCCAGAGCUUUCAACCAGGAUCCUAUUGAACAGUACUUUGGUAAGGUCAGGAGAGCUAUGGGUGACAAUAACAACCCAUUCCUAAAAAAUUUCCACGAUACCAGGAUUAACUUGCAUGCUCAAGGACUUGUUGCAUCGGCUUCACAAAAAGGAAACACAGAGGCUCAGAAGAGGAAGGAAAUUGAAAUUGAUGCAACACCUCUACCAACAAGGAAAAAACAGAGGAAAUAAAAACAAAUGUUAAAGUAAGCUUUAUAUUAAAUUUUGCUAAUUUUAUUCAAUUUGAAAGACAACAUGUAGCAUGGAUGUUCUCCUACAUUACAUUUCAAAUCUUGUAUUUGUCUAAUGGUAAAGCAUAUUGAUCUCAAAAUGUUUCUAUUUAAUCAUCCUAUGUAAGUAAUACACAAAUGUUUAUAAGACAUGUUAAAAUAAUACUUCAACAACUUUGUGAAUGUUUCAUUACUACUUUAUAUACUUGUGAUAUGAUGCAUAUUUUUGUACAAUCUCUUUGGCACUUAACAUUAAACUUCAAUCAUAAUUUAA